AUGACUAAGCUAAAGAAAGUGGACGAGUCUGAUAUUCAACCAUUGGUUUCAUCGUCAUCUCAGAGUUCACAUUGUUCGAGAGAUACUCCUACCGAUAAGGACGGUAAAAAGAAGCACACUCGGCCCACGUUCUCCGGCCAACAGAUCUUUGCUCUUGAGAAGACCUUUGAACAGACGAAAUACCUGGCCGGUCCAGAGAGAGCUAGACUGGCCUACGCACUCGGAAUGUCCGAAAGUCAAGUCAAGGUCUGGUUCCAAAACAGGCGUACUAAAUGGCGAAAGAAACAUGCUGCAGAGAUGGCGGCCGCAAAACGCAAGCACGACUCAACCCACCACACACCAUCAACGACAACAGACCACUACGCCAUCGCCCACCACUCCCUACUUGCUGCUGGAGCAGCGUCUGCUGCUGUUGCCGCCAUGGAACGCGCUGGCGACCACCACCACCACCACUCACGAGAUCUAGACGGUGAUACUUCGAGAAGUGAACGAUCUUAUGAUGGUAGUCGAGAUGGUUUAGAUGAUGACGACGAUGACGUGGAAAUCGACGAGGUCGUCGAAGCAGACAUUGACAACGAAGCUGAGAUCAAUAGCAAGAGACGAAAAUUAGACAUUCAAAGUGUAGAAUCAAUCAUGCGUUGA